ACCAAAUCAGCCUUAGCGUAGCAAAUACGCCCCUCUUCCAGCCUUCCCCUCCCUGUACCUACUACCCGCCCCGCCCUUCCAGUUCCAGAAGUUUCUGGAAGCCAACCCAAGCCAUGGACGCCGCCAGCAUAGCCGCCGCCGCCGCCGCCGUGGCCACCCCGCCCCCUGGCCCGGCCGUGACCGUGCAGGUACCGCGCGGGCAGGUGGAUCUGAUUGACUUCAUCGACUGGACUGGCGUCGAGUGCCUAAACCAGGACUCCUCCCACAGCAUCGUCAACGCGCUCAAGCAGAGUUUGAGGGACGACGAGGGGCUGUACCUCGCCAGUGAUUCGGACGAGCAGCUGCUGAUCUACAUCCCCUUCAUGCAAGUGGUCAAACUGCAUUCCGUGCUAUUCAAAGGCCCCGAGGAAGAGGGCCCUAAAACAGUAAAACUCUUUUCCAACAAAGAGCAUAUGGGUUUCAGCAAUGUCAAUGACUAUCCACCAAUGGACACCCUUGAGCUAUCCUCCGAUCAUUUGAUAGAGAAUAAACCUUUGCCGCUAAAGUAUGUCAAGUUCCAAAAUGUUCGCAGCCUGACUGUAUUUAUUGAGGACAAUCAAUCUGGAAGUGAUGUCUCGAAAAUUCAAAAGGUUGCUCUUUAUGGCACAACUGUGGACACGACAAAUAUGAAGGAUCUGAGAAAGACAGAAGAGCACUGAGACCAUUUAAAGGCUGAGCUUAAUCCAGUGGGUGUAUGACAUACUAGAAACAGUUAGAUGUUGAAUUGAGCAAUUUCUAGUUGACCCUGGCAAACUUUUUCCCCAAUUUUUAUACACGAGGAGUUAAAAGACGGUCUGGUGAUGCCGAAGCUAUUACCUCUUGGCAUCUUGUAAUCCUGCAAUUUAUGUCUUGGGGAUCCGAAUUCAUUUCAUGAAUUUACCAAAAUUAGUCCAUGCGUCGAUGGUCUCGCAAACUUUGCCAGCAGAGCUUAGUUCGUUCAUGGCGCUGUGAUAUGCGUAAGAUUUAAUCAAGUCGUGGCUGUACUUGCCGUA